AUGUUUAACAGUGAGAACGGCAGAAUGAACCCUACCAGAGACUCCACCUACCUCUCUGACCAUCAGAACCCUACCAGAGAUUCCACCUACCUCUCUGACCGUCAGAACCCUACCGGAGACUCCACCUACCUCUCUGACCAUCAGAACCCUACCGGAGACUCCACCUACCUCUCUGACCGUCAGAACCCUACCGGAGACUCCACCUACCUCUCUGACCAUCAGAACCCUACCAGAGAUUCCACCUACCUCUCUGACCGUCAGAACCCUACCAGAGACUCCACCUACCUCUCUGACCGUCAGAACCCUACCAGAGACUCCACCUACCUCUCUGACCAUCAGAACCCUACCAGAGAUUCCACCUACCUCUCUGACCGUCAGAACCCUACCAGAGAUUCCACCUACCUCUCUGACCGUCAGAACCCUACCGGAGACUCCACCUACCUCUCUGACCAUCAGAACCCUACCGGAGACUCCACCUACCUCUCUGACCGUCAGAACCCUACCGGAGACUCCACCUACCUCUCUGACCAUCAGAACCCUACCAGAGAUUCCACCUACCUCUCUGACCGUCAGAACCCUACCGGAGACUCCACCUACCUCUCUGACCGUCAGAACCCUACCGGAGACUCCACCUACCUCUCUGACCGUCAGAACCCUACCGGAGACUCCAUGGCUACACAACACAAGCGCAUUGUAUGA